ACCCUUUUCUCGCAAAAUCUUUUUCAUAAUGGCUUCAAAAAUUCAAAACGUGACGGAGUUCUCAUACGUUACCCUCAAUGAGGGUGUCAACGUCUUUGAUGAAUCAGCUGCGGCAAAAACAUAUCAAAAUGUUCUUGAGACAGCAUUGAAACAACCUGGUGCUAGACGAGUUUAUACUGGUGUUGAGGUUGAGAAUCCUUCUACACUAUGGUUGUUUCUUGAUUGGGAGAGUUUGGAAGAUCAUGAGAAUUAUCCCAAGACCGCCGAUCAUGGCCCUAUCAUUGAAUCUCUCAAACCCAUCGUGGACUUCUCAAAUUCCAUAAACAAACAGGACCGCUCCCCCGUAACAGAAGUCCUCCUAGCAUUCUUCCCCGCCGACUACGACGUGGCAUCCCGCGCCACAGCCACCCGCCGUCUCGAAGAGUUCACCGGUGUAGCACUAAAGACAUCCCGCGACUGGCGCGGCAUCAGCUACGGCUGGAGUGUUGAAAACGAUGUACCUAUCCGAGGAGAUGAGGGUAAGACGGGGAGUAUGCUUGCUGCGUUUAUUGGAUGGCCUAGUAUUGAGGCGCAUCAGAAGUUUCGGGAGACGGAUGAUUUUAAGGAGAAUAUUGGGUUGUUGAGGGAGAUUCCGGGGUUGGUUAAGUUAGCUGCUUUCCAUGUUAGUUGUGUGAGUAAGGAGGCUGAGGGGUUGAAGGAGAGGGAUGCUGAGAAGGCUCAUGAGCAUGGACAUGAUCAUAGUUGUGGAUCUGGUGGAUGCUGUUAGUUCUGUAGACUAUGCACUUUUUGUUCUUUUGUUCUUGUAAACCAAAGAUUUGAAUUUAUAAAGAUGCUAUGUUAUGCCAUGAUUCAGCACACAGCCAGUUCGUCACAGUUCAGAUUUCUUCACUUUGUAUAAGGGGUUACAGAAUAUCAAUAUCCUUCAAAACUCAUUGC